AUGGCCAGCACUUCUACUUCCAAGAGCUUCCUCCAAGCUAUCCAGAACCGCCGCACGAUUUACCACCUGUCUGACAAGCAGAUUCUUCCUGAUGAGAAGAUCCUGAAGCUUGUCCAGCAGGCCGUGCGCGAGGCGCCGUCCUCGUUCAACGUGCAGAGCAGCCGUGUGGUCAUCCUCCUCGGCGAGCAGCACAAGAAGUACUGGCUCGAGAUUGUUCCCGAGGCGCUGCAUGCCGCCAAGGGCGAGAAAGCCGUCCAGGGCUCCAAGGACAAGCGCGAGGGCUUCGCUGCGGGCUACGGCACGAUCCUCUUCUUUGAGGACGAGAACCUGAUCAAGGGCCAGCAGGAGGCGUUCCCUUCGUACGCUCCCAACUUCCCUAUCUGGUCGAUGCACGCUUCGGGUAUGGCGCAGAUCUACACCUGGACGCUCCUUGAGGCCGAGGGCUACGGCGCGAACCUGCAGCACUACGGCAACCUCACCGGCGAGACGCUGAAGAAGGUGUACAACCUGCCCGAAUCGUACCAGCUCCAGAGUGAGAUGGUGUUUGGCUACCCCGAGACGCCCGCGGGCGAGAAGGCUUACCACCCCGACCACGAGCGCGUGAUUGCUUACGGAAAGAGCGCGUAA